AAGAAGAAGAAGACUUCCGUUCUCGCUGAAGAGGCGACGAUCUGAGUUUCUUUCUCCGCCCAAAACACCCGUUUUUUAUAUCUUUUGAUCGGCUGUUGUCGUCGACCGGUCAGUCAUGUCGAGUCGCGAAGCCCUCAACAUGAAGCUGCCGCCGAUCCAGUCCACGGCCGGAGCCGUCCCGGUCCGGAACGAGAAAGGUGAGCUCUCCAUGGAGAAGGUGAAGGUGAAGAGGUACGUGUCGGGUAAACGUCCCGACUACGCGCCCAUGGAGUCGUCGGACGAGGAAGAGGAGGACUUCCAGUUUGUGAAGAAAGGAAAGGAAGCGGAGCAGGAGGCGGAGCUGGAGGAAGAGGACGUCAACGACCCGCGUCUCAAACGUCUGCUCAACCGCGUCUCUGAGGACGUCGAGGAGAGGCUCGCAAGACACCGACACAUCGCAGAGCCCGAAGUCGUCGCCGAGAGCAGCGAGGACUCUGACGAAGGCACGUGGCACCCGGAGCGCGAGGAGAGCAGUGAGGAGGAGGAAGAGGAAGAAGAGGAAGAAGUGGAUGAUGAGGAAAUCGAGAGGAGGCGAGCGAUGAUGCGCCAGCGUGCCGUCGACAAAAAGAACGACGAGAUGGAGGUGAUGGAGGUGGAGGAGGAGGGGAAGUCGGGGGAGGAGUCAGAGUCAGAGAGUGAAUACGAAGAGUACACGGACAGCGAGGACGAGGCGGAGCCACGACUCAAACCUGUCUUCAUUCGCAAAAAAGACCGGAUCACGGUGGCGGAGCGCGAAGCCGAGGAGCUGAAGCAGAGGGAGCUGGAGGCCGAGGCCAAGAAGCAGGUGGAGGAGAGACGGCGCUACACCCUCAAGAUUGUGGAGGAGGAGGCGAAGAAGGAGUUCGAGGAGAACCGGCGCACGCUCGCCGCUCUGGACGCGCUGGACACGGACGGAGAGAAUGAGGAGGAGGAAUACGAAGCCUGGAAGGUCCGAGAGCUGAAGCGCAUCAAGAGGGACAGGGAGGCCCGUGAAACCAUGGAGCGGGAGAAGGCGGAGAUCGAGAGGUUCCACAACCUGACGGAGGAGGAGCGACGGGCCGAGCUGCGCAACAGCGGCAAACAAAUCACCAACAAAGCCUCCAAGGGCAAAUACAAGUUCCUCCAGAAGUAUUACCACAGAGGAGCCUUCUUCAUGGAUGGGGAGGAGGAUGUGUACAAGAGAGACUUCAGCGCACCGACUCUGGAGGAUCACUUCAACAAAACCAUCUUACCCAAAGUCAUGCAGGUUAAAAACUUUGGUCGCUCCGGUCGCACCAAGUACACCCACCUGGUGGACCAGGACACCACGUCGUUCGACUCGGCCUGGGCCCAGGAGAGCGCCCAGAACAGCAAGUUCUUCAAGCAGAAGGCGGCGGGCGUGAGGGACGUGUUCGACCGGCCCACGGUGAAGAAGAGGAAGACUUAGUGGGUGACGCGGCUUCACAUCCCCUGAGACUGAUUCUCUCCUCUGGACUUUAUACUGUUGGAAAAGGAAACUUCCAGCGAACCCACCACGUCGUCGAACUGUGGAUCAACCAGGAAGUUGAACCUUGAUUCGAUGAAGCUAAUUUCAAUUACAGGAAGUCGUUUUGAUGUGGAAUUUUGGCUUUUGAGCAACAUCGGAUGUGUUUUGAUUUUUUUUUAAGCAAAAUUUUUUUGUAAAUAUCAUCUUUAUAUGUGGUUUGAUUUGUGCCGUUUUCCUGCAUCACCCAUUUUUCUUUUUUCGUGUGAAAGUACAGAUUGUGAUUUGAUUUGUUCACAAAUAAAAUCUGUAAUUUCAUUUUUUAAAAUAAGUAUUGGAAUGAUUUCAAUCCCAGGCCACAUGUCAACUUUUAUUUAAAAAAUGAAAGAAAGAAUGAAAAAACAGUGUUUGGGAUGAAGAUGACACCACAGAUGAGUUCAGCCUCACGGACUCGAUGAGAAAUGACUUCGCAGCGGUCCAGGUCUGCAAACGUCGGUUCAGUUGGUCAGCGCCACCAGAGCCUCCACCACGUUGCCCAUGUGUUCCCUCAGACUGCGCUCGGCCACGGACCUCGAGAUCUCCAUCUCCGACAUCUGCACGGCAAAAAAACGAUACAGUGGGAGACACGUCAAAGCCUUACACUGACAAACUGAAUAUUAAUAUGCAGCAACAGAUUCAUAAUUGUUGGUGAGUGAACAAUAAACGAAUAAUCUGGAAAAGGAGAAUGUUUGACAUUUGUUUUAUUAAAACUUCUUAAACCAC